AUACAUGAUUAGAACGAAUACAGUAAUCUAGAAACUGAUUAUGACUUCUCAUGAACACAUAGCUAUCAUGUUAACAUUGUUUACCCUUGGCAAGUUGCCAACUGAUCCUAUGCCCAUAAUCAGACAGCACCAGGCAUCAUUAGUGAAAAGUACAGUCGUGUGUCACUUAUCUAACGUUCACUUAUCCGACAUGUCGGAUAUCCAACAGGUCAAGCUUGCCACGUGGGUGAUUAUAUAAUAGAUGAUAUGACAGAUAACACAUCCUGCAUAUUAUAUAAAUUUACAAUCAAUCAUGAAAAGUAUAAUUUUUAUCUCUAGAUCAAUAAGACAUUUGGUUCGUUUAAAGAUCCCGGAUGUGUGAUGGCGGAGUCAUCUGAAUCGCGCUCAGUGACAAUAUGCGGUGUGUUGUGCUACAUUCAGAAUAAAAUGAGGUACGUUUCGCGUGAUACACUUCGAGAUGUGGUCGUACGUGGAUUUAGUGAGCAAGACAUAAAUUCCGCGAAAGAGUUGCUGUUUGAAGUAUCCUCUGGGAUAGCGGCACUAAAGAAUAUCAAAAAGAAGAAUAGGAAAAACACAUCUUACAAGAAGAAAGCGGAAGGUGACGUUGAAGACGUAUUACAUUUAUGUUACGAGGCGGAUAGACUCCAAGCAGACGUGCCUAAGUUUGGUGCUGUAGAUAUCAAUUCGUUUCCAGUCAUCCCACUAGAAGAGAUUGACUGCAGGAAUUUAUUGUCUAAGGUGUCGGCCAAUCUUAAUAACGACAUGGAAGGUGUGGUUGUUAGGAUGUCCGAGCAAGUGAGCCUUUGUGAGAAGAGAAUAAAAGAAGUGGGAGAAGUAAUUACAGAUGGUAAGAAAUCACAAGUUAGUAGAAGCUAUUCAGAAGUUCUAAAGGUUUCUUUCGUACAGAAUCCAAAUUCGGUACAACAACAGUCUGCAGGUGUUAUUGAUGAGAAGGGUGAUGAUGUAGCGAAAAGAAAUAGUAACAAUACGGAUAAUGAUCAAGAAUGGAGAUUAGUAGAGCGUCUUCGAGAAAGAAACAUUAAAGCUGUAGUGGGUUCCAACAAGGAGGUGUCAUCUCUGGUGGGUGUGGAAAGAAGGAGGGGCGGGACACAUGGAACAUUUAUGUUGGAAAUUUGAAGGAAGAUGUUACUGAAUUAUGAAUUGUAGAAUACCUGAAGGAUAAGGGUGUGGAAGGAAAAUGUGUUUUUGUUACCAUCAAGAAUACGAGGUACAAGGAGUGCAAGAGUGAGAGUCCCAUUGGAGUUCAAGAAUAUAGUAUAGGAGUCUAAUUUCUGGCCAGAGCACAUAAGAGUCAGAUCAUGGGUAUUUCGACCAAAAAUGUCUGUUCCUGAAAAUGAAAGCAAUCAGUAUAAAGAUGUCAACUAAACUAAAGGUAGCCGGUCUCAA